AUGGCAGGCUUUCUCAGGGGCGGUGGCUCCGGCAGCGCCGGCUAUGGCAGAGUCAGCGGUGGUGGCGCAGCAGGAAGUAAUCCAUACGGCGACGGUGGCAGCAACCCAUACACAUCAUCCUCCGCAUCGUCUGGUCGAACAGCAGCGGCCGGGUAUGGCGGCGGUGGCGCCGGCUACGGGGCUGGUGGAGCGGGCUUCUCAUCCGGCGGUGCUGGAGGUGCAUCUCGGCCCAGUGCAGGCGCGGGCUAUCGCAGUGGUGGUGCGGGCUUCUCUGGCGGAGCGGGCGGUGCUGGCUAUGGAUCGGAAAAGGCGCCAUCUCAACGCGCCCCUCGCGACGGCCACCUCAUCGUCAAGUGUCCGGAACCGUUCAUCCAGUCGAAUUGCAUCGUCACCAAUGGCCAGGAAUGGGGCUCCACGCACUACGUACUCGUCAACGGCAUGAAUGUCUUCACCGCCCAAGCCGAUACCACAGGCACCAUCCAACAGGGCACGCUCGGCACCGCGCUCCUGCAACGGCAGUGGGCAGGCCUCUCCUUUCCGGGUGACGUGGUACAGGCCGAGAGCUACGAUCCGUUUGCUUUCGGCAACAGCGUCUACCUCGGCAGCAUCGAUAUCGAGGUCGCCUACCUGAGCAAAGGCGAGGUCGCACCGCAAGCCUACGACACCGACGAGAUGGCCAAGAGGUUCACGCGCGCAUUCGAGAAUCACAUCUUUACCGUAGGCCAGCUGCUCGUGUUCGAGUUCAAAGGAAUGAACAUGAAGGCGGUUGUCAAAGGCGUCGACGUCGUGGAACUGCACGAGAUCCAGGGAGGCGGCAAAGCGGCCCCGCCCGGUGGCCACGGCGCACCCCACCAGAGUCGAUCCGACCGCGGUAUCUUGAUCGCUCAGACCCAGGUCAACUUCUCCGCAACGCAGAAUGGCGGUAUCAAGCUCAAAGCAUCCGGCAAUCGUCCACCUCCUAACGCGAUCUUGCAGCCCAACUUCAAGUUCGAGGACAUGGGUGUCGGUGGCCUCGACAGAGAGUUUGCCAACAUCUUUCGACGAGCAUUCGCAUCACGCAUCUUCCCGCCUGCGCUGGUCGAGAAGCUCGGCAUCCAGCACGUCAAAGGCAUGGUGCUCUACGGUCCUCCCGGUACGGGUAAGACGCUACUGGCGCGUCAGAUCGGAAAGAUGCUCAACGCCCGCGAGCCCAAGAUCGUCAACGGUCCCGAAGUGUUCAACAAGUACGUCGGUGGCAGUGAAGAGAACGUGCGCAAGCUGUUUGCGGAUGCCGAAGCAGAGCAAAAAGCAAAGGGAGACGAGUCGCAGCUGCACAUUAUCAUCCUCGACGAGCUGGAUGCGAUGGUCAGGCAGCGUGGUUCCGGUGGAGCUGGCGCCACGUCGGCAGGUGACAAUGUCGUCAACACGCUUCUCGCCAAGCUUGAUGGUGUGGAGCAGCUCAACAACAUUCUGGUCAUCGGUAUGACGAACCGACUCGACAUGAUUGACGAAGCGCUUCUGCGUCCUGGUCGCCUUGAAGUGCACGUCGAGGUCAGCUUGCCAGACGAGUUCGGUCGCCGCCAAAUCCUCAACAUUCACACGAGCAAGAUGCGCACCAACGGGGUCAUGGACAGCGACGUCAACAUCGACGAGCUUGCCUCGCUCACCAAGAACUUUUCAGGUGCCGAGAUUGCCGGUCUCAUCAAGUCGGCCACCUCGUUCGCAUUUAACCGCCAUGUCAAGGUCGGAACAAUGGCCGGCAUCUCGAACGAUGUCGAGAACAUGAAGGUGCAGCACCAGGACUUUUUGAACGCGUUGGAAGAAGUCAAGCCGGCAUUCGGUGUCGCCGAAGAAGAGCUUUCGCAGGUGGUGCAGAACGGCAUCAUGCACUUUGCCCCGCACAUCGACGUCAUCCUUCGCGACGGUCACCUUCGCGUCGAGCAAGUGCGUACGUCGCAACGAACACCGCUCGUAACCGUCUUGCUUCACGGUCCCCCCGGUUCGGGCAAGACCGCGCUUGCGGCUACCAUCGCCAUCGCAUCGGACUAUCCCUUCAUCAAGCUCAUCUCGCCUGAGAGCAUGAUCGGCAUGGGAGACGCGCAAAAGAUUAAUUACCUCAACAAGGUGUUCAACGACGCCUACAAGUCGCCCUUGUCGAUCAUCGUCAUCGACAACAUCGAAAAGAUCGUCGAAUGGGUGCGCAUCGGCCCACGCUUCUCCAACUCGGUGCUUCAGGCUCUGGCGGUUCUGUUGGGCAAGCGUCCGCCCAAAGACAAGCGACUGUUGGUGCUCGCGACGACAUCAAACAGGACCAUGCUGCACGAGAUGGAGAUGCUCAACGCGUUCAUUGCCGAGAUCCGCGUGCCCAACAUCACUUCGCUCAGAAGCGUCGACCACGUCGUGCGACAGAUGCAGCUGUUUGACAAUGAGAACGACACGCAAAGGUGCCAGCAGCUGUUGACUCAGGCUGGGUUGGGCGAGGAGGGUCGACUCAACAUUGGCAUCAAGAAGUUGUUGUCCGAGAUUGAGAUGGCCAGGCUCGACAAUGACCCUGCGGAUCGACUCGCUUCGAGUUUGUCGAGCGUGCAGAGCACCGCCAUUGACGUGGACAUUGAUGUCGGGCUCAACUAG